AUGAGUGGAACAGUCGAGAAAAGCAAACUCAGGGACACGCUCCACAAGCUUAACUUCAAGAUUGCAGACGCUUCUCCAGAAUACAUCGCUAGACGUAAGAAGCAAGCGACCUUCUUUCUAGCUGCCGCUGCCAUGACUAUCUUCACCUCGAGGUUUGCCCACCGCACUGCCAUUUCUAGACAAUACAUCCCCUCGCUUUUCCAAGGUAAUCACCAACCGCCUCUCAGUUAUAAUUUUGCCAUGGAUGCCGCCGUGGCUGUUGGAACUGGCACCAUGCUUUGUGGCUCUGUUCUGUCGAUGAUAGCUUUCGGCGCAUGUUGGGUCAUGGAUGUCUCGACACUUCCCGAAUUUGGCUGGCGCAUGAAGUCGCUUUUGGGAGGAUACAAGAGCCAGCAGGAAUUAGAGCAGGUGGCCAUUGACGAGGAAAGUAAGACCAUUGAAGAUGGAAUUAACGAUCUUUUGGAAGGAAAUCUUGACUUGGGAUUUGACAUUGUGGAUGAGUCGGCAUGA